GCUUCGGUGGUUUCCGCCGCUCCGUGCCACGCACGGCUUUGCGCGCUGCGGCGGCGGGCGGAGCGCUCCCGGCUGCGGGCCUCGGGCGCGGGGCGGAGAGGCGUCGCCAUGGGGGUGCACGGCGUCAAGGCUGUCUUCUUCGACCUGGACAACACGCUGGUGGAUACGGCGGCGGCCGGGCGCCGCGCCAUCGAGGAGGUGGUGAACGCCCUCCGCUCCAAGCACCACUGCGGGGAGGGAGAUGCCCGCGGCAUCUGCGACAAGGUGCAGGCGAAGCUCCUCAAGGAGUGCCACGACCCCGCCAAGACGUGCAUCACCGAGCUGCGGAUCUCGCACUGGGAGGAGGCGAUCCAGGAGACCAUCGGCGGCGAGGCCAACCGCAGUCUGGCCGCGGAGUGCUACUUCUUGUGGAAGGCCACCCGGCUGCGGCACCUGACGCUGGCCGAGGACACGCGGGGCAUGCUGACCGAGCUGCGCAAGGCCGUCCGCCUGCUGCUCCUCACCAACGGCGACCGGCAGACGCAGCGCGAGAAGAUCGAGGCGUGCGCCUGCCAGCCCUACUUCGACGCCAUCGUGGUGGGAGGCGAGCAGAAGGAGGAGAAGCCCGCGCCGUCCAUCUUUCACUACUGCUGCGACCUCCUGGGCGUGCAGCCGGCCGAGUGCGUCAUGGUGGGGGACUCUCUCGACACAGACAUCCAGGGAGGGCUGAACGCCGGCCUGAGAGCGACCGUCUGGUUAAACAAGUCGAUGGCGGCCCCGGCCGAUGCCUCGCCGGUGCCUCACUACGUCAUUUCGUCCGUUCUCGACCUGCCGGCGGUGCUGCAGAAGAUAGAGCACAAGGUGAAGUUAGGGACGGACCGUGCGGCGGGCGGGACCGAGGCACGCUGAGGGCUGCAGCGCGGCAGGGAGCUGUUGGCUGUGCUCCUGAUAAAAAUCUGACCCUAGGGUUUGCAACUCGUGUACUUCAUGUUUUUCUUAAGCAGUGGGUGGGCAAGAGCAAGGUUUUCAGUGGAACCGGGGUAAAAACAGAGUAUUGGGUUCAUAUAAAAGAUGCAAGCGCAGUUAGCUUAAAAUAACUGCUUGUAUCUGGAAAUUACUUUGACAGACUGGCUAAAACGUGUUUGUCUCUCAUGGAAGCCCCUUGUUUCUAUGCUGGAAAAGAAAACUGGAAUGUUUUGAUCAUUCAGUGGCAGUUAUUUGCCUUGCUGACCUGUAAGUUCAGCAGAAGUUCAGUUCGAACCUUGCCUGCAGCACAUUAAAAACAUGAAAGUGAGGUGUUAUGCAAUUUGCAGACCUUCACAGUCCAUCUACAGCUUAUCUCAGAAACUGAAGUGAGUUUUGCUAUUCCUGAGAUCAGAAUUUAUUGAUAGAACUUAUGUAGCAAACCAGUAGGAAGUGAUUUUCUCUGAUCCCUUUUCAAGUUUUAGCAUUUUUUUCAGUCUUUGCAGUGACUUUUAUGGAAUCUGUACCUGUUGCUAAAAGUACUUCAGUGUACACACGGAUUUGCAUUUGUACGGGGGACCAUUUAUCAGAGGAACUCAAUGGAUAAGUUUUUACUUUAUAUCAUCUUGGUGCUGCAAAUAAGCAGUGUGCUUGUAAAUCAUACGAUGAUUUUUGUUGGAACAUAAUUGAUACAACAGGGAUAUUUUCAAUGAUCAUCUUACUGUACCGUAACUUCUUUGGCAGCUCAUAUUACUGUUCUGUCUGAUUUUAUUAUGGAAUUUUGAUCAGACUCACUGGAGAAACUGUUUUUGGUCUUGCUCAGGAAUAUGACCACUCAGAUUCAGCUGCAGCAUCAGUGCUUUUUUUUUUUUUUUGACUGUUUGAAUAGCACUGCUAUACAAUCCCUCCUUUCCACUUGUGUUUCAUGUGAUUUACUCUGGAGAAGGUGUUAGUUGUUUGUAAAUGGCUUUCAUGACGCUUUUCCAUGGAAGUGGAAAACUUGGAAAAUGGUGUCAUGUGUACAAUUACAGUGCUGUGUACAAUUUCUUAAUGUGUAUGUGCUUUUGGUGGAACAUUUGAAACUAGAUGUUACAGAGAUGACCCUCUGAAACGCCAAGAUUUCUCUCUCCCAGAUUAUUAUCUUAAUAAUUUAAAUUUGCUGUACUUCACAUACUUAAUACAAAAGAAAUAAGAAUUUAUUAAUUCUUAUUAAAUUACUUAGCAUUAAAUUACUUGGCAAUAAGUUUAAUUUCCAUGAAACCAAGUUUCUCCAACGUUGAAAUAGAUUGACGUGUUAAUGCAAGCUUGAAUCUCUUUCAUCAAAUUAAUUCUUAAAAAUGAUGGAACCAUCCACAUUCUUAAUGUCAUCUAGCCAAGACCUUUGAGAUGCUAGGAUGACUGAGUACAGAGGCAGGCUCUGCUUGUACCUAUGAGGAAACAGGCGUAAGCCACAAGUGAAUUGCCACGUGUAACAUGAGCCAGUGGGACUGACUGGACGUGCCUUUGUUACUGGAGUAAGAAGCCUAAGUUAAGAUUUCAUUUUGCCAUUGAAAGUAUGAAAACUGGUCACUGGUGUAAAGCUUAUGAGCAAAACAUUGCUAAUGACAUUCCUUAUAAUGAAAGACUAAGAGAAAAAUAACGAAGGUCAUUGAGCCCGCCAGGAAUAUUGCUUAAAAGUGGAAGUGUAUCCAAAAGGUUAGAUGGAUCCCUGGAAAGAUAACUUAGUUGAAGUAAUCUUCCUUCAGUACAGUUAAAGCAAACAACUUUGUUUACAACAGCAUCCCAGAGUAGAAGCAAUUUAACUGCACUGCUUGCAUGGCAUCAGGCUGACAGAACUUGUGUCAGAAUGAGGUUUCUGACCCAGCUGUGAUGUAAAAUAAUAAAUAGAAGUAAUUCACAGUUCUGUUUGUCGGCUGGAAGGAUAUUUAUUUACCAGAUUACCAUUUCUUAAUGUAAGUUGAGUCUUGUAUUUUCUUGCUUUUGCAUCAUUCUGAAAUAGGAUGCUGAGCCUGCUUGUUGUUUAAAAGGUCUCUUGUUUUGUAAGUCUGUUCUUUGUUUUGCACUUUGUUUUAGCCAGUUAUUUUCUUAUAUUUAUGAUCUAUGAAAAAAAAUGCUGUAACUGAACACUCAGGGGAUAGUGUGGUCUGUAGAGGUCACACCUAAAUAUACUUUUCCAUUGUGAGUGCUGUACCAGGCUGGAUGUGACUACCAGCUUCCAGUUAGGGCAAUGCUAUUAUGAUGCUGCUAUAAAACAAGAAGAAAAGAGACAAGGUAUCCAUCGGGCAUCUUCUUAGAAGCAAUUACCCAAAGAACUGGAUUAGGUAUCUGGAAUAUCUAAAUACUCAAGGUGGUUUUCCUUGAUGGAGCUGUUACAGAAAACCAAGUAAAAAAUAGUUCUAUUAAUGAAAAUGGAAAAACAAAUGUAAUGGUGGAAUCAUUUUCAAAUCAAAAGUGAAAACAGAUGAAUAAAACUGUCAGUAUUCAGUUCCAGUUAAGUUCUGGCUUUGCUUAGUGAUAUGCUCUAUUAGGUAAGUUGUCUAGUUUAAAUGAUACUACCAGAACACACUAAAUAAAAGAGAGAAAAAGAAAUUAUAUUUACUUUUAAUCACAUUUUCUCAGAUAAAUAUCUCCUGAGGUUAAUCUUCAGUAAUGUUGAUUUUAGGUUAAAUGAACUAUACCAACAUUAUAAUGCCAACUGCAUUCAAGACAACCCAUGUACUAGUCUAAUAAAAGUACUUUGUUUAUAAAACCUUGUUUUGCAUUGUCUUACUGUCACUUUUUUAAAUAGCACAGAAUUGGCUUUGAAAUCUGUGAUGUUUAUAUAUGUUGAAUAUGUGUAGUUCUCAUAAUUUCAAAGGCUGAAGCAAUAGUUCUGUAUUUUUAAAACUUCUUGGCCUGAAUGUGUACACCACACUGAAUUCCUAACAGUGGUUAGGAAUUGCCAUGAAAGCAUUUGGCUCUACCAGGCAUGCAAAGUACCACAGGACCUGCGUGUCACUGCAUCUUCAUUCUUGUUCGGGGGGCUUUGUAUGCAUAAGGUGUUGAGGUGCACAGUAACAGCAUUAGAAAUGGGGAUUCUUUUUUUAUGUGCUUUUCGGCACAAAAUUAGAGUUGGAAGAUGGCCCACCUUGUUUACCAAGGUAUCAUCGCUUUGGAUUCCAGGAAAGUUUCUGCAACUAUUUCUCACAAGCCUGACGGCAGCUGCAGCUCCUCACAGGAAGCAGAGGGGCAGCGCUGAGCUCUGCUCUCCACCCCAGGGCCCGAGGGAACGGCUCGGAGCUGUGUCAGAGCUGGGGACAGGUUUGGCACCACAGGGUGGCCAGCACCAGAUCGGGCUGCCCAGGGCAGUGGGCACGGCCCUGAGCUGCUGGAGUUGCAGGAAUGUUUGGACAAUGCUCUCUGACAUAGGGCUCGGAGUUUGGACAGUGCUGCCUGGAGCCAGGUGGGAGGCUGUGAUCUUCGCAGGUCUCUUCAUAGUCAGGGUAUUCUAUGACUUCCUGAAGUAAAGACAGGGAUAGCUUCCUGUGCAUCUGAUACUCUGAACCUGUUCCAUUCUUUUCCAGUGAAGCUCUUGUUAUGUGGAAACGCCGAUAACAUGGUUUUGAACUAGAAGUAGU